CAUGCAGUAAAUAUAAAGCGCUACUUUAUUUAAUUUAUUUUAUUUUACAACAAAGAGGGCCAGAUUAAUUCCUGUUUCAUUCAUAUAUCUGACACAUAUUUAAUUAGUCGUGUGGGUCUUUUCUUCAAUUAUUUAUUUCCGGUGAAACGACUACGUCAUCCUUAGCAACCAAUCACCGUUUUCCCCGUCUGGUGCAUUUGAUUUAUCCCUCUUUCCGUCCCUAUCCACUCACCGUGAAGAACCUAUUGUUCGUGUCGCUCGUGUAAACAAACCGGCACGCGCGCUGGAACAAAUCUGACUAGCAGGCUUCGUGACAGCAUCUGGGUUUUUGCGCGUUGUUAGCUAGAAAACUGUUCGGUCCCCUGCGCCUAGUAACAGGGAGGCUGCGAAGCUUUGACGACACCACUAACUGCUUUGUUCUUUAAAUAAACUGAGUUUAUUCAGCAACCAAUGGCGACUACUGCCAAGAGGCCGUCCCUGCAGGGUCCGGUUCCUCCUCCACGCAAGAAAACGACUCCCAAAGCAGAACUGACUGAGGAGCAGAAGCAGGAGAUCCGGGAAGCCUUUGAGCUGUUCGACACCGAUGGCUCUGGAUUCAUUGAUGUAAAAGAUCUUAAGGUGGCAAUGAGAGCUUUGGGGUUUGAGCCGAAAAAAGAGGAGAUCAAGAAGAUGAUCAGUGAAGUGGAUAAGGACGCCACUGGAAAGAUUUCCUUCGCUGACUUCCUCACUGUCAUGACGCAGAAAAUGGCCGAGAAGGACUCCAAGGAGGAGAUUCUGAAAGCUUUCCGCCUGUUUGAUGAUGAUGAAACUGGCAAGAUUUCAUUCAGGAACCUCAAGAGAGUCGCAAAGGAGCUUGGCGAGAACCUGACAGAUGAGGAGUUACAGGAAAUGAUCGAGGAAGCCGACCGGGAUGGAGACGGAGAGGUCAACCAGGAAGAGUUUCUUCGCAUCAUGAAGAAAACCUGUCUGUACUGAAGGAAGUUGGUGACUUCAGGGGUUGGCCGUGCAGACUGCAGGGGACCAGCUGCUCUCACGUUCUUCUAGAGAACCUCAUUUAUCGUGUUGUGCCACACAUGGUGAAAAUCAAUCAAACCACUUUCCUCCCUGAAAUUAAGUGUCAGAUCGCUCUAAUUUUAUCGUUGACUUUUCAUUUGCCAAUGCAAAGUGUCCUGUUUGGAAUGCUGCAGACUUUUUAUGAAGAAUAUAAAUCUAUGUUUAUGAUUCCAGGUAGCUUAUUUAUUCUUCAGAACUUUACAGUGCCUGAAAAUUGUGUUUGUUCCCCUCUCCAAGUAUUUUGUUUUCCAUUGAUGUUUCUUGGACACCGGUGAGGGUCUCCCUUUUGUGCCUCUGAAUGGUCCGACCACCACAAUCAGGGAAGUGGCCCCACAGGCCCCCCUCUGACCCGCACGCCCUUCUCACACGCCCCCUUCCAUCUUUGAAGUAUGAAUGUUGUAUUUUUUGCAUAUUUAACCUUCUGUCGUGCAAAGUUUUUCUUCUCUAUCGCUGAACGGUUUGUAUUUUGUGACUUGAGCUGAACAGAUAAAAUAUAUUGAAGCAGUUCAUCCUGUCUUGUA